AUGGCGUCAUCGUGGCCGUCCGUUCCACCCACCCCGCCCACCAGUCGCCUGACCUGCAUGUCGGGCUCGUUGCCGCAGUGCCUGCGGGACCGCAGUGCGGGAGGAUUCGACGAGCUACGCGCCCUGAACAUCCGGAACAAUCCCCCGAGCAUCGUGUUCGACAACGUGUCGGACGAGCGGUCGACGCUGGUGAAGGUGGGGAGCGCGAGCCGGCACGGGUGUCUGCUGGAGGUGGUGCAGCUGCUCUCCGACCUCAACCUCGUCAUUCCCAAGGCCUUCAUCUCCUCCGACGCCGCCUGGUUCGUCGACGUGUUCCACGUGCGCGACUCAGCGGGGGAGAAGCUGCGCGACAGGCGCCUGAUGGCGUACAUACAGCAGGCGUUGGGGGCGCCGUCGUUUGAAGAGGUCGCGCCGCCCCUGUCGUCCUCCUCGUCUUCCCGCGCCGCUCACCCUCCCGCCGCGCACUUGCCCGCACCUCCCCACCACGCUCACUCGGCGUAUGCUGCCCCCACGCGCUCUAUUUCCGCCAACCAAACCUUAAGCACCGCCGCUUUCCUCGAAUCCGGGAACCUGUCGUCCUCCCCCGUUUCUGCUGCCUCCGCUUCCGCCGCCGCUGCCGCAGCCGCAGCAGGCGCUGCGAACCCGGCUGCGCCCGGAGGAGCGGCGCCGCCCGCUUCUUGCUGCCUGGCGCCGGCGGCGCACACGACGAUUGAGAUCACAGGCGGGGACAGGCCGGGCAUACUAGCAAACGUGGCGGCGGUGCUGGCGGCGGCGCAGUGCAACGUGGUGGGCGCGGAGGUGUGGACGCACAACGGUCGAGUGGCGUGCGUGGUGUGCGUCACGGAUAACACUGCAGGGGGGGGCAGGAUUAAAGACCCGCUCCGCUUGAAGCGGAUCAGGGCAGAGCUCGCUGCGAUCGUGAGGCCUGUUGCAGCCGCCGCUGCUUCGCCAUCCGCUGCGUGGCAUGCGCCGGGUAUUGCUUCGGGCGACCCUGCAGUACCUACGGCGUGUCUCCUUCCGCCAGAUGCUCCCGCCUUGUAUCCCCCUGUCCCCGCCUCUGCCUCGCCCACCUCGUCGCUGAGCCCAGGCCUCUCGCCCCCGCCGCGUCCCCCUCGUGCACCCACUUCCUUCCCGCCACACGCGCACGCACACGCACAGGCUCACGCACAGACCAUUCCCGCCGUCCCUCCCAAUCUUAUUGCGCCUGCCGCCGCCGACGCUUCGGUCGCAGGAGCGGGGGUUGCCGCGCAGGGCAGCAAUGGCGCCGCUAGCGAGGAGAUAGGGCGGGGCAUGGGGGAGGGGGCAGUGGCGGCGAGGGCAGAGGCGCAGGCGGUGCAGCGGGCAGCGGAAAAGCAGCACGCUCUCCAGGCAGCCAUGCUACGAGGGCAGGCCGGGGCGCAGGCGGCGCCGUCGGCGGCGGCGGCAGCGGGAGGAGGGGUUUGGACGGACGUGGAGUGGGAUUCGGUGGCGUGGCGCGGCGGCAUGCGCGAGCGGGGGAGGGGGGACCGCGGAACGGGGGGCGUGGAGAGCACGUCGCUGCCAGUGACGAUGGCGCACGCGGAGCGGCGGCUGCACCAGCUGCUGUUCGCGGACAGGGACUACGAGGACAACGCCGCCCCCGCGCCCAUGCCCGCCGCCGCCGCCGCUUCCGCUGAGGCUGCCGCCGCCCCCACCACAUCUGCGGCGCUCGCGCGUGUGGCUGGCGUGGCGUCUGAUGGGGGGCCGAGCGGUGGUUCGCGUGGCAAUAGCGAGGCGGGCAGUCAGGGUGGCGUGGAGUGUGCACCAGGGAUGCAGCGGGUGCAGCUGACUCGACCGGCCCUGAUGCCCUUGCAUACUCCCCGCCCCUCGCCUCACCCCUUCGCCCAACCUGCCCUCUCCUCCCCACCGCUUUACCCUCCAGCAGCAGCCGCCGCCGCUGCCGCCGCUGCUGCAGCAGCUGCUGUGGCGAGCGGACCGUACUCUCUCUCUCCCACUGGCGCCGCUGCUGCAGCCGUCCCGUCCCUGCCUCCUCACCCUAGCAGGCCUGCCGGCACGCCCGGACUCACAAUCACUGCGCCCAUGGGCUGGGCUGCCUCAGGGCUUUUCUCUCAGGUGGUUUCAACAGAGCCAGGUGGUGAGGAACGUGCAAGUGGCAUGGGGCGGCCGGGGUGUGUGGGAGCAACGGGUGUGGGCAGUGGUGGUGGCGCGUGGGUGGGCGGGCGACUGAUGGGGUCUCGGGCCCCUGCAACAGGAGGAGUGGUGGGCAGGAGGGCGAGGAGAGGCGCGCCGAGUGUCAGCACCGGUUCCCCCGCGCCUGGUCUCUGCAGCAAUGGAGGCAGCAGCAGUGGCGGCGGUGGGAGUGGGAGUGGUGGUGGGAGCGGUGUGAGGGUGAGUGUGCGCAACAGUGUGGAGCGGCAGUACUCGGUGGUGCGGGUGCGGUGUUGGGACCGGCCGAAGCUGUUGUUUGACACGGUGUGCACGCUCACGGACAUGGGCUACAUGGUGCACCACGGCGCCAUCUCCUCGCACCAUGGCUGGGGCCUGCAGGAGUACUACAUACGGCAGAUGGACGGCGGCACUCUGGAGUCAGAGGCGGAGAGGCAGCGAGUCAUCAAGUGUGUCGAGGCAGCCAUUGAGCGCCGCACACCCAAGGGAGUGCAUCUGGAGUUGUGUGUGAGCGACCGAGCGGGUCUGCUAUGCGACGUGACACGCCUCCUGCUCAGCCACAACCUGUCCGUGGCAGCAGCCAACGUGAGCACACGUGGCAGCACGGCAGUGGACGAGUUCAUCGUCACUGACUCGUCCGGCCGCCCUGUGGACGUGCCACAGGUGCUGGCAGCGGUGCGGCAGCACAUGGGUCCGCAGGCGCAAGUCACAGUCAAGGGCGUCACAGAGGGCGACGAGGGGGAGGAUGCGGGGGGGGGAGCGGUGGGGAGCGGAAAGGGCGCGCAUGCGGUGGCUGGUGUUGCAGGCGGUGUGGCAGGGCGGCAUCAUGUGCAGGGGAUGCAUCGCAGCCACAGCUGUGGGUGGCAGUGGGGGAGUGGGGGGGCAGGGAGUGGCACAGGGUCUGGCAGCAGCAGCGGGCUGAGCUUGAGGGACAGGCAGUUGGGAGGAGGGGGCGAGGGAGAGGAGUUUGGGGAGGAUGAGUUUGGGCUGGGGGACGAGGAUGAGGAUGUCGGGUGGGGCGAGGGCGGGGAGAUGUUUGGUGGUGGGCUGGAGAGUGAAGGGGGAGAAGGGGAGGAGCAGGGGGGCGAGUCGUCGUCCAUCUUGGAACCGUUCCAUGCCCAUUCAGAUCGCCUCGUGCACGGCUCCACCUCCUCCCGCAGCAGCGACGAUGCCGCCGCGCCGCCGUUCUCGGCGCGCGACUUCCGCAGCGGCAGUGAGGGAAGCACAAACUGUGCGAUUAGCGCCGGUUUUCACCUUCGCAACUGCAGCAGCGGCGGCCAAAGCAGCCACGUGGCAGAGCUAGCAGAGGUGUUCGAGCUCAUGGAUCGCGACGGCGAUGGGCGAAUCUCGUGCGACGAGCUCGCGGCGCUCCUGCGAACAACCGGCGAGGCAAGCGGGGAGGAAGACACAGAGGCGGCGGUCCGCGCAAUGAUGGCGCAGGCUGACGUGGACGGCGACGGGACCAUCGAUUUCGACGAGUUCGUAAGAGUCAACGCGGCCGCCGCCGCCGACGCCGCUGCGGCCGCCUUGGAUCCGGAAAGCGCGGAAGCAGCGGCUGCGGUGCAGCAGGAGGAACUGCAAUCCGUGUUUGCGUUCUUCGACCGCGACGGUGACGGCGUGAUUACGGCGGAGGAGCUGUGUCGCGUGCUAUGCGCGCUGUGGGGCCCGGGCGAGGACGUGACGAUGGAGGAGUGCGAGCGCAUCGUGCGCGCGGCGGACGGCAACGGCGACGGCGUGGUGGACCUGGAGGAGUUCGCGCGCGUCAUGGCGGGCUCCGCGCUCAUCCCCGCGCCCCUGGCGUGGCCCGCGUAG